AUGCGCAUAUCCUUUCUUAUCGCCGAAGCCCUCCACCCAGCUCAAGGCCGCCUCACUAGCAGCUCAAACGUCGCGCUCAUACAAUACCUUAGGGCCUCAAUUUUUUACUCGUUGGGCUACCUCUCUGCGGUCUCAGGUCGCACCUCUACCACAACCCCGACCCCGAUCACAGCUGUCGUUUCACAGACCUUCCCCGACCAACCGGCGCACCUUCUUCUCAAGCCACCAAUCCCGCUACCAACAAAGGCAGAGCCAAUACAAUCGAUUCCGAGGCAGCACCCAUCAACCUAUUGUCUUCCGAUUAUGGAGAUGACCGGUCGACGACGGUUCAACUGUGUCUCUCGUCACCAGGAGCUAAACAUGGGCGAAGAGAGCUACCGCGAGGUCCUCAGUUCCGAGCGUGGGAAGAUCCUGCCCCAGAACCACCCUCUUACUCUUAUGGUUGAUGGUGUGCUGCAGCGGUUGAUCCCGCAGGUGGCCAUUGAGGGCGCUGAUUGGAAGGUUCAUGUUAUCAAGGAUGAUGGAAUGGUGAAUGCUUUUGUGCUUCCUGGGGGAAAGGUGUUUGUCUACACAGGUAUCUUGCCCAUCUGCAAAGACGAGGAUGGCUUGGCUGCUGUACUGGGACAUGAGAUUGCGCAUGUUGUGGCUCAUCAUCCUGCAGAGCGCAUGAGCAACAGUUUCAUUACGCUGGGAGCUGUGUUCGCUAUCUCUUUCUUGUUCGAUGUCUCUGGACAGUUUUCUUCUUUCCUUUUGAAUCUCAUGUAUAGCUUGCCGAACUCGCGGACGCAAGAGGCUGAAGCAGACAAUAUCGGUCUAAUGAUGAUGUCCAAAGCCUGUUUCAACCCCGAGGCAGCCGUCAAAUUGUGGGCUCGCAUGCAUGAACAGGAGAAACAGGCUCCUCCACAGUUCAUGUCAACUCACCCAUCGAGUUACAACCGAAUGGAAACCAUUCAAGGAUGGCUCGACAAGGCCGAAGGAAUUUACGAGGAGAAUGGGUGCAGCUCCGUGAAAGAAUACAUGCCUGGUUUCCGAACUGCUUAUAAUUCGCAUGUCUCGUAUCUGAGAUGA